GACUAUCUCGUUACCAAACAUAGCUCACAUUCAAGCAUACGCUCCACACUCACCCCCACCCUUUAUUCCACCCUGUCAGCCUUUAUAGUUUGUGUACCUUCUCUGUGCCCAUGUACCCCUUUGUAUGACAACUAGAGGGGCUGGGCCCCUUCGUACUUCUGGAUCUAGUACCCCUUCCCUUAGUGCUCCCAUCUCCCCUACUGGACCACCAUGGGGGAGACCAAGGUUAUCUACCACCUGGAUGAGCAGGAGACCCCCUAUCUCGUCAAGCUGCCUGUACCCGCAGAACGUGUUACCCUGGGAGACUUUAAGAGCGUCCUUAACAAACCCAACUAUAAGUUCUUCUUCAAGUCCAUGGACGAUGACUUUGGAGUGGUCAAAGAAGAGAUUUCAGAUGACAAUGCAAGGCUCCCCUGUUUCAAUGGAAGAGUUGUGUGUUGGCUUGUCUCUGCGGAAGGCUCGCAGUCGGACGCAGGCUCUGUCUGCGCCGAUCUCCAGUCUGACUUGCCUCCACCGAUAGAGAGAACUGGAGGAAUUGGAGACUCGCGUCCACCCUCAUUUCACCCAAAUACCCGUGGCAGCCAGGAGAACCUAGACAAUGAGACGGAGACUGACUCAGUUGUGUCUGCACAGAGGGAACGACCAAGGAGAAAGGAGGUGUCAGAACAUGCCCCCCGGCUGAACGGUACGUCGAAGAUAGAGAGGCGCCGCGACACUGGAGGUUAUGAAAGCUCAUCCACCCUGAUGAGUAGUGAACUCGAGUCCACCAGCUUUUUUGACUCUGAUGAGGAUGAUUCCACUAGCAGGUUCAGUAACUCCACAGAGCAGAGCAGUGCAUCUCGUCUAAUGAGGAGACACAAGAGACGCAGAAGAAAACCUAAAGCCCCUCGGAUUGAACGGUCAUCUUCAUUCAGCAGCAUCACAGAUUCUACCAUGUCUUUGAACAUAAUCACAGUGACUCUGAAUAUGGAGAAAUACAACUUCCUGGGCAUCAGCAUUGUCGGGCAAAGCAAUGAGCGCGGUGAUGGCGGUAUCUACAUUGGGUCCAUCAUGAAAGGAGGAGCGGUGGCAGCUGAUGGAAGGAUUGAGCCAGGAGAUAUGUUGCUACAGGUAAAUGAUAUCAAUUUCGAGAACAUGACCAACGAUGAUGCAGUGAGAGUCCUAAGAGAGAUCGUGCACAAGCCAGGGCCCAUAACGCUGACUGUUGCCAAGUGCUGGGACCCCUCACCUCGUGGUUGUUUCACACUUCCCAGAAGUGAACCAAUAAGGCCCAUUGAUCCUGCUGCCUGGGUUUCACACACAGCAGCAAUGACUGGUACCUACCCAGCCUAUGGUAUGAGCCCCUCUAUGAGCACAAUCACAUCUACCAGCUCCUCCAUCACCAGCUCCAUUCCUGAGACAGAGCGCUUUGAUGAUUUUCAGCUGUCCAUUCACAGCGACAUGGUGACUAUUGUAAAAGCUAUGAGAUCUCCCGAAUCUGGCUUAGAAGUGCGGGACAGAAUGUGGCUGAAGAUAACCAUCCCCAAUGCUUUUAUUGGAUCUGAUGUAGUGGAUUGGCUCUAUCACCAUGUUGAAGGGUUCACAGACCGGCGAGAAGCUAGGAAAUAUGCUAGUAACCUCCUAAAGGCUGGAUACAUUCGGCACACCGUGAACAAAAUCACCUUCUCGGAGCAGUGUUACUACAUCUUUGGAGACUUGUGUGGCAACAUGGCAAAUCUUUCUUUGAAUGAACAUGAUGGCUCCAGUGGAACUUCUGAUCAGGAUACACUUGCUCCACUCCCGCAUCCUGGAACAGCACCCUGGCCCAUGACAUUUCCAUAUCAAUAUCCAUUGCCUCAUCCGUACAGUCCACAUCCAGCCUUUCCAGAACCUGGAUACAGCUAUGGAGGGGGCAGUGCUGGCAGUCAACACAGUGAAGGUAGCAGGAGUAGUGGCUCCAAUCGCAGCAGCACAGAGAAGAGAAAAGAGAGAGAAACCAAGGGAGGAGACUCAAAGUCUGGAGGCAGCGGAAGUGAAUCGGACCAUACAACACGAAGCAGCCUACGCAGAGAAAGGGCGGCCAGUGAACGGUCGGCACCGGCAAGUGAGCACAGCAUCAGGAGCCACCACUCCAUAGCACACAGCAUCCGGAGCCAUCACACACACCAGUCCUACGGUCUCCCAGGAGUCCCCCCUCUGUAUGCCUCCCCAAUGAUGAUGAUGCCAGCACCACCUCCAAACAUGGGGCCUCCAGGAGCCCCUCCAAGUCGUGAUCUAGCCUCCGUCCCACCAGAACUCACCGCUAGUAGACAGUCCUUCCGCAUGGCCAUGGGGAAUCCCAGUGAGUUCUUUGUGGAUGUUAUGUGAAAAAAAAAGUCCCUUUUUUUUUUUUAGCAGUUUGUGUUUUAACUGAAAGUCUUAUUAUUUGCGUCUUGAUACUAAGAAAAGAAACUGAAAGGCCAGCACGGUCCUGAUGAGCUGUGUGUGUGAUAUUCGCACGGACCUUCUCACUCGCCACUAAUACAUGCACCUAAUCUUUCCGAAUCUCGCUACAGACUGUGUGAUUGUGCAGGGGAGGAAGCAGGCCCCAUUAUUGCCUGGCUGCUUGGCUUUUGUAACCGUUUGAUUUUAACAAAUUAAUAAUGCAUCCGUUUGAAGCCAGAGAUACCAGUAGCGGACAACCAUUAAGCCAUUCCGUUUGUGCUUAACUUUUUAUAUAUAUAUAGUUAUACAUAAAUUUUCCCUCCCAA